AUGCAGCUACUUCUACUUGCAGCGGCGUUUCUCUUUACGCACGACCCCACAGCAGCCGUGCGCACCGACAAGUGCGCCCCCCGGUGCGACGUGAGCUUGUGUCCGAGCCCCAGCUGUCCCGGCGGGUACCUCCCGGACCGCUGUAACUGCUGCCUGGUGUGCUCGCCGCGCGAAGGAGAUCCCUGCGGCCGCAAAAACGACCUGCCCUGCGGGGAUGGCCUGGAGUGCAAGCUGCUCGAUGCGGGGAAGCGUCGAGGCUCCAGGGGGGUCUGCCGGUGUAAGAUGGAGCACGAAGUGUGCGGAAGCGACGGGAAAACGUACGGUAAUGUGUGUGAAAUGAGGGCAGCCAGUCGCAGGGCUCAACAGAAGGGAAGACCAGAGGUCAGCCAAGCGCACAAAGGAGCCUGUGUUUCCAUGGUGCACCCCGGCAGCCCUCGCUACAAGUUCAACUUCAUCGCUGACGUCGUGGAGAAAAUAGCCCCUGCUGUCGUCCACAUUGAGCUGUUCGUAAGACAUCCUCUGUUUGGUCGCCACAUGCGUCUCUCCAGUGGCUCCGGUUUCAUUGUGACCCACUCAGGUGUAAUCGUGACCAACGCUCACGUGGUAACCACGGCUGGCACAGUGACUGGGAGGCCCCAGCUGCGUGUUCAGCUGCACGAUGGCGACGCGUACGAGGCCGUGGUGAGAGAUGUAGACAGGAAGGCAGACAUCGCCACAAUCAAGGUCAAUCCUCAGAAGAGGCUUCCUGUGCUGUCUCUGGGCCGCUCAGCUGAUCUGAGGCCAGGGGAGUUUGUGGUUGCCAUCGGCAGCCCCUUCGCUCUGCAGAACACCGUCACCACCGGCAUCGUCAGCACGGCUCAGAGAGACGGCAAGGAGCUGGGCAUCAAGGACUCAGACAUGGACUACAUCCAGACUGAUGCUAUUAUUAACUACGGAAAUUCUGGAGGACCUCUCGUUAACUUGGAUGGGGAGGUGAUCGGAAUCAACACUCUGAAAGUGACAGCAGGCAUCGCCUUCGCCAUCCCCUCGGACAGAAUCAGCCGCUUCCUCACAGAGUCACAAACCAAACACAGCAAAGAAAAGAGCAGACAGCAGAGAAGACUUACAGAGGAGCCACAGUCUGAUGCAGAAGUGAAGAGACGUUUUUUAGGCAUCAGGAUGCUCACAAUCACUGACCAUCUUAUAGCAGAGUUAAAACGUCAUAACCCAGACUUCCCUGAUGUCAGCAGCGGAGUGUUGGUGCAAAAGGUUAUACCCAACUCUGCAGCAGAGAAAGGGGGGAUUUUGGAAAGUGAUGUUAUAGUGAAGCUUAACGGACAGCCAGUUGAGACCACUGAGGACAUUCGUGAGGCGCUGCAGGGCGAGCGGCCUCUCCUGCUGGAGAUUCGCCGAGGCAAUGACGACUUACUGUUCAACAUCCACCCACAGGUUACAGUACACUGAACAAUGAGACAGUUGGAUUGUUCUAAAUGUGAACAAAUGUUGGGCAACACAGUACGGUGGCAAUAAGAUUUCAUCUGACCGUGGGGAAUGUUCUGCAAGGAAUUAUGAAUAAGCUAUACAUAGUAAUAUGACCUGAUGUGAAAUAUUUUCUGAUUUCUAAUUAAACGAGAAAAUAGAG